CGAUAAUUGGCACCUCCUGGCAGAGAGCCGCCGUGCCAACUUCCAAUUAAGCCAGUCUUCACUCUUCAGCCCUACACGGAGGCGGAGGGGCUGCAGCCACCGCGCGAUUGGAUACACAGUUUUACGCAAUAAUUAGAUGGAAAAUGAGAAGAAAAUAGAGAGCUAUGUGGUGGUGCACAACAUAGCGAAAAGGCAUAACGUGGGGACACUAGCUCGCAGCGCCACCGCCUUCGGCGUCUCUGAACUGAUUCUAGUCGGCCGGCGAGACUUCAACGCCUUCGGCAGCCACGGUUCCACCUCUCACGUUCGCUUCCGCCACUUUCACUCCCUCUCUGACGCUAAAAACUUCCUCAAGGAGAGAGAUUGUGACAUAUGUGGAGUGGAGAUUACGGAAAAUGCAAUGGCUGUGAAUCAGCACCCUUUCAAGAGGAGUACUGCUUUUCUCCUUGGUAAUGAGGGAACAGGGCUUUCAGCUAAGGAAUGUGAGAUCUGUGACUUCUUUGUUUACAUUCCGCAGUACGGGUGUGGAACUGCAUCUCUGAAUGUCACUGUGGCAGCUUCUAUCGUUCUCCAUCACUUUGGAGCUUGGGCCGGAUUCCCUGAGAGAUCUCGUGAAGGGAACAAAUAUGUCGUUGCUGAAAGACCAAGUAUGCAGGGUAAGAGAAAUUACUGCAUGGAAAGCGCGGAAUCGAUUGCUGAAGAGCGAAAACUAAAAAAGGAAAAUGCUUCAAAUGGGUUCUUUGAUGAGAUUGGAAAAGAAGAUUCUCCUUCCAACCUAUUAGAUACAUUGUUUGCUGACUAGCAAGGGAAGGGAACCCACCAGACUAUCUCAAUUAAAUUCCCGCUCACAACUUAAUCCAGUCAUCAUCUCCACUCAUUUGUUGCAGUAGAUAGAAGCCCAGAAAGUACACAAAUACAACCAUCCAUCGUAAGGGAACGGCAAACCAAGCCAUCUGGAAUCCAAGGAAAGUUUAGCUGAUCAAUGAACCGAGCUAAAGAUACCAAGAAACAAGUGUUGUAUGACAUAUGUUCUGUUGUCAAGAUUAACUUCACAGGAAAUCCUAGAUUGUUUUAGCAGUUAGAGCUUAAUUUGCUGCAGAUAUUUUCUAUCAGUUGACAUAAUUGUUUAUGAAUCCAACUUUUGCCAGUA